AUGUUCCUGGCAUGCUCUGGGGAGCAUGAUGUGACCGUCGACCCCAUCAAGGGUCAAGACCGAACCGCCACCCCUGAUGCUGGUAGUUGGCUUCCCAAACCCUUCUGCCUUUCCCCGAAGGCCUCCCCAGGGCGAGCCGGCCUGGUGGAGCGCAGGCCAGUUCCCAGAGUAGCAAACAACUGCCUGGAGAGCUGGCGAUGCGGGGAGGGACCUGCAGGGACACCCAGGAAAAGCCCCACGGUGACCCUGGAUUCAGGACCCAGGAGCAUGAGGCUUGAGGGACAAGAGACAGCCGGGCAGCUGCAAGUGACCAUGCUGUCCACACCCAAUGGCAGCGGGCCCAGCCAGGAGUUUGGAGGCCAUUGGCCAGAGACCCCAGAGAGGUCCCCAUGUGUGGCCGGUGUCAUCCCUGUGAUCUACUACAGCAUCCUGCUGGGCCUGGGGCUGCCUGUCAACCUCCUGACCACGGUGGCCCUGACCCGCCUUGCCACCAGGACCAGGAAGCCCUCUUACUACUACCUCCUGGCGCUCACGGCCUCGGACAUCGUCACCCAGGUGGUCAUCGUGUUCGUGGGCUUCCUCCUGCAGGGAGCUGUGCUGGCCCGCGAGGUGCCCCAGGCAGUGGUGCACACGGCCAACAUCCUGGAGUUUGCCUCCAACCACGCCUCCGUCUGGAUCGCCGUUCUGCUCACGGUUGACCGGUACAGCGCCCUGUGCCGCCCCCUGCACCACCGCGCGGCAUCGUCCCCAGGCCGGACCCGCCGGGACAUCACCAUUGUCCUUGGAGCUGCCCUGCUGACUGGCAUCCCCUUCUACUGGUGGCUGGACGUGUGGAGGGACGCAGACCCUCCCAGCACGCUGGACGAGGUCCUCAAGUGGGCUCACUGCCUCACCGUCUAUUUCAUCCCCUGUGGCAUCUUCCUGGUCACCAACGUGGCCAUCGUCUGCCGGCUACGGAGGAGGGGCCAGGGUGGGCUGCAGCCGCGGGUGGGCAAGAGCACGGCCAUCCUCCUGGGCCUCACCACGCUCUUCACCUUCCUUUGGGCGCCCCGGAUCUUCGUCAUGCUCUACCACCUGUAUGUGGCCCCCGUCCACCGGGACUGGAGGGUCCACCUGGCCUUGGACGUGGCCAACAUGGCGGCCAUGCUCAACACAGUAGUCAACUUUGGGCUCUACUGCUUUGUCAGCAAGACCUUCCGGGCCACCGUCCGAGGGGUCAUCCACGACGCCCACCUGCCCUGCACGGUGGGGUCACAGCCAGAGGGCACAGGGGUGGAGCCUGUGCUGAAGCCUCCAGGGCUCCCCAAAGGGGCAGAAGUGUAG